CUGGUGCAUGCUGCGCGUGGGGCGGGCAGCCCUGGCGGCGCUGGCUCGGGCCGGGGAGGAGGCUCCGGGCCGGGACCCGGGCCCGGGCCGCGCUUGCGGUGCCCGCCUGAAGCGGCUACCGCCCGGCGGCGGGACCCGGCCGGACCCGCAAGGCUGGAGGGAGGCGGUGGCAGCCGCUGCCGGUGCCCUGCAGGCAGGUGGGCUGGUGGCGGUGCCGACGGACACGGUGUACGGCGUGGCCUGCCUGGCCCAGGACUCCGGCGCUGUGCGAAGCAUUUACAGCCUGAAGGGGCGGAACGGAAAGAAGCCGCUGGCCAUCUGCCUCGGGGACGUGGACCACCUCUACAGGUACUGCCAGGUGAAUGUGCCUGAUGAGUUGCUGCGGGACCUGCUUCCAGGACCUGUGACCCUGGUCUUGAAACGUUCAGAAGAACUGAAUAAAGACUUGAAUCCUUUCACGUCGCUGGUUGGUGUUCGUGUCCCAAACCACCCCUUUAUCAGGGAGCUGGCACGGGCCUGCUCUGGACCACUGGCAUUAACGAGUGCCAACAUCAGCUGCCAAGGGAGCACACUGGCUGUGUCGGAAUUCCAAGACCUAUGGCCUCAGUUGUCCUUAAUCAUCGAUGGAGGCCCCAUAGGGGACAUCCAGAGCCCAGAGUGUCGUUUGGGGUCCACUGUGGUUGACUUGUCUGUGUCAGGGAAGUUCAGCAUCAUUCGUCCUGGCUGUGCUCUGGCAUCCACGGUUGAGAUCCUGAGGCAGAAGUAUGGCCUGACACCAGAGUCACCUUGAGACUUCAGACUGAGGAGGCUUUGCAGAGCUGCUGGAGCUGGGCACUGUGUGCCUGUGUGCUCAGGAGGUGGGCACUGGUGGCCUUGUUUAGUGAGGUCAAUGGAUUAUGUCAAGGUUAAUAAACACAAGAUUUAGGGGGGAGAGAAAGAAAAAAGAUAAGUCCAGGAGCAGCAGGUGGUGGGUAUCUGCUAAUUUGUGUCUCCUCUGCUACAGUCUGGGAGACCAACCCAGACAGGUCUGCUGAGCUGUGUGCUGUACCCUUCCCAGAUCCCUGCCUGCUUCAUUCAUGUGAUUAGGCUUUUGAAAUCCAGUGAUGUGAGCAUCAGACUGCUCCAAGAUGGAGUGAUGGUGUCUGACCCACCCUCCCCAUCACACCUAGCCCAGGUCUUUGUUUAUUGUCUCUGCACUUAGAGAAGCAAAGAUGGAAGAGAGGCUUUUCAAGCUCUCACAGUGUCCCUGCUGUGGGGUCCACUGACCAUUUUUCUGUUCCAAAUGUCUAAACCUCCAAAACAAAACUUAACCACUGAGUGCUGUUGAGAAUGAAGAGUAUUCACUCUUCACUGUCUGGACCAGAGCUGCUCAGAACUGGCUUCCCUGGAUACAACUGAGAACAAGCUUUUGGUGUGAUCUUAGUGGACCUCCCACUCUCCAUAUUCUCAAAGCACUGCUGAGCCAGAAGGCAGUGGGCAAUGGAUGAAAGUUUCUGCUGGUUAUUUACUCUUCAUGCAAUGCAAACUGUAUGGAACUGCUUUUAAUUUAAACAUUGGUGAACAAUUUGCACGGUUUGAGUAUAAAUGCUGCUUUUUA